CGUCACCACCAUUAGCGGCGUCCGUCCCCAUCUACCUCCAGGACGGGGCGCCCAUGUCCUCUCGCCAUUAAUGGCGCCCCAACGCUAUAAAUGGCAACAUAAACAUCCAAUUCACCCCACUCUCUCGCCCGCCCGCGCGCGCACACACACGCCCGCCCGCGCGCAUUAAACUCCGAGAUGCCCAUCCCGUCCCGUGCACCUCUGCUUGCAGCUGCAGGAGCGAGCUAGCUAGGUUCUAGGUAGCUGCCGAGAUUUGGCUGCGGCAAUGGGGAUCUGCUGCAGCAGGGAAGGAGGGGGGAGGGAGCUGGAGGAGACGGAGGGGUGGUUCCCGUGGAAGCACGACGACUUCUUGCAGGAGCAGCUCGCCGGCGCCGCCGGGGUGUCCAUGCACACCAAGCAAGGCUGGAAGGGCGUCAACCAGGACGCCAUGGCCGCCUGCCAGGACUUCGCCGGGCACAAGGGCCAGAUCUUCUGCGGGGUGUUCGACGGGCACGGCCCCCUCGGCCGGGACGUCGCUCGGCAUGUCCGGGACUCCCUUCCCAAGAAGCUGUCCGCCUCCCUGGCACCGAGAGCUGAAGACGACGCCCCCUCCAGCAACAGCAACGCGGACGUGGACUCGUUCGACAAGUCGGAUUGCACCUCGUCCAGCGACACCAGCGACGAGCACCAGCUGCUGUCCUCGUGGAAGAGCUUGAUCGUGAAGGCGUUCGAAGACGUCGACGAGGAGCUGAGGCAGCACUCCCGGAUCGACUGCAUUUGCAGUGGCACCACUGCUGUCACCGUCGUUAGGCAGGGUGAUCACUUGAUCAUUGCCAAUUUAGGCGAUUCGCGCGCUGUUCUUUGCGCGCGGGACAGCAAGGGCCGCCCGGUUUCGGUGCAAAUCACCACCGACUUGAAGCCAGAUCUUCCUGGUGAGGCUGAGAGGAUCCUGAGUUGCAAGGGGAGAAUCUUCGCAAUGGACGAUGAGCCCGACGUGCCGAGGCUGUGGUUGCCAGACCAGGACGCGCCGGGCCUCGCCAUGGCGAGGGCUUUCGGAGACUUCUGCCUCAAGAACCAUGGGCUCAUCUGCACACCCGAAGUGUACUACAGGAAGCUGUCUGAAAAGGAUGACUUCUUGGUGCUUGCCACUGAUGGGAUAUGGGACGUGCUAUCCAACAAGGAGGUGGUCAAGAUCGUCUCGUCGGUCUCCGACCGCUCAAAGGCGGCAAAGCAGCUCGUGGACCGGGCGGUUCGCGCGUGGCGGCGCAAGUUCCCGACGUCGAUGGUGGAUGACUGCGCGGCCGUCUGCCUCUUCCUGAAGCCAGCAGCCAUUUCAUCUGAGGAAGACAGCACGACCAAGCCGCCUCACGCACCCGUGCUGUCGUUCACCGGGAGUUUCCGCAAGGCUCUGGGCGGCGGUGAGGCGGAGGAGGGGACGGCGGUGUGGAGGGCGCUGGAGGGGGUGGCUCGGGUGAACUCGGUGAUCCGGCUUCCCAGGAUGCUGAGCCGACGGUGGCGGUCGGCGUCCAUGGAUGAGAACAACGACCAAGAAUCAUCCAAGGUUGAUUGACUGAUCGAUUCAUGCUCAUGCAUUGCCAAACUUAAAGGAUAAUAUUUUAGAACUUGAUUGAUAGUAGUUUCAUACGCCGUGUUCACGCAUUCAGGGUGUUCAGAUUGGACAUUAAUUCGGUUGGCAUGUACGCUUGCUGGGUUUGGUGUGUGUUGUGGUACCAAAUGGACAAGAGAACCCAAAGUUUGUAAUGGAUUCAGCUUUUUUAUAUCUCAA